GACUCGCGUAUCCGGCCCGUGUUUGCAGAGUGGUAGGAUCUAAUUUGAAAUUACAGCGGGUCGGUGUAAACAUCGAAAGUAAAAGAGGGGACGCGGAGAUUUCCUCUUCUACUGGAUUUGGAGGGGGAAAUAAAUCCAGACAUAAUGCCCAACAGUGAGGACAAAUUGCCUGUGAAUGACGGUCACAAUAAAGAUCAAGGGGAACAGGAAAGCAGAAGAGCUCUAUCCACUGGUGUUGGCUCAAAUGGUGGGAAUGACAUCUCCAGUAUGCCUAAUCUCUGCAAGCCAAGUAUUUCCUGCUCCAGCCCGCCACGACUUGUACCUGUGACUGAAGUUCUGGAAACUGCCCGAGAUGUGUCCAACCUGGCCAUUGCUCAUGAAGUGGUCAUAAACAGCAACUUCCAGUUCCAGCAGAAGGAACUACCUCAGAACAGUUUGGAAAGGAGGGUGAAGGAGAUCAUGCACCAGGCAUUCUGGGACUGCCUGCAGGCCCAGCUGAAUGAGACCCCACCACAGUACUUCCAGGCCAUCAAGCUGCUGCAAGAAGUUAAAGAGUCACUGUUGUCACUCCUGCUGCCUGGUCACACCCGUUUGCGAUCACAGAUCGGUGAGGUACUGGACAUAGAGCUGAUCCAACAACAGGCCAAUCACAAUGCCCUGGAUAUCCACCGAUUGGCUGGCUUCAUCAUCAGCAUGAUGGGAAGUCUCUGUGCGCCAGUCCGGGAUGAGGAAAUAAGGAAACUGAAAAGCAUCACAGGCACCGUAUCGCUCUUCAAGGAGAUCUUCCGUGUGCUUGACUUGAUGAAGAUCGACAUGUUGAACUUUACCAUUAAGACACUGAAGCCACACUUGCAGCAACAGUCUAUUCAGUAUGAACGCAGCAAAUUCCAGGAGUUCCUCAACAAACAGCCCAAUGCUUUGGAGCACACCACUGCAUGGUUAAAAGCAGCAACUAAAGAAACUAUCGAUUCAAUCUCAGAGAAUCACAGCAACAAUGCAGCAGUGGUGAGCCCAGAUGCUGUGCUGAAUCGAGGUUACAUGAACUUGCUGAAAUGGAACCACGACUCCAACAUUUACCCAGAGACUGUGCUGAUGGACAAAUCCCGUCUACAGGAGCUGCAGUGGAGACUUGAUCAGCUGACCCUAGUGGCGACUGUUCUUCUGGUGACCACUAAUGCAGCAGGAGCUGCUAUUGGUGCUUUGCCCGGGUUUGUAGACAAACUAAAGCAGGUGACUUGUGCCCUGUUGGAUGAACAGAACUGCAACACUUCAGGAUUAGGAGAAGCUCUGCAUGCACUCAGUGACCAAGUACACAGGGAGGUUAACAGAUCACUUGCUGAACAUGGAUACCCUCCUCUGACAAAUGAGCAAGAAGCCAUUCUAAAAGGACAAGUCAGAAGCAUUAGACACAAAAGCAAUGUUGUUCGUAUUCUGAUAGGUGAGCGGAUUAACUCCUACGUGAAGGGAUUCCUCAGUCUCUCCAGCCCACAGAAUUGCCAUCAUGCUGUCCCGAGGGGCCUUGCUCCAAUUCAAGCAGAGCUCAAGGACAUUGGCUCCAAUUUCUGGUGUCUAGUGCACCACAAUAGGAUGGUGUUCGGACCUUAUUACUCAGGGAUUCUGACGAAGGUGCUCUUCACAGAUGGCGAUGUUGGGAUGGACUCUCGGUGAAUUGAGAAGCAGGAUCUGCAAUAAAACUGUGUGUAAACUAUACAAGAUGAACAAUCAUUGUCCAAAGCAACACCUUAAUCAUUUACUACAAACCAGAGCAGUUUAUAAAAUAUUCACAACAUUCAGAAACUCUUUCCAAAACACAGCCUAUCACUAGCACCAGAAUUAUCCAUUGCAAAUUGAUAAUCAAAUAGCAUCAUAAUUACUCAGCCAUCACAUUAACCUUUUUUGUAUUGGGGAGGUGUUCAUGACUUCUCCAUCCUGCCCAGUGUAGUGCAUUUACAGCUGUUCAUAGUCAUUGAAUGGUAAAGUUUGUGUUUCCUUUAUAACUCCCUUUCGUAUUGUAGGUUAACCUGUUGCAUGCAAGUUUAUGUACAGUGGACACCCUGUGUCCCAUUUGACUUUUCGCCCCAAGAGGUACUGUGAACACAAGGUCCCCAGUAUGUGUUGGAUAACAUUUAUAAUGUAGGUCAGGUAGAUGCCUCAAUCCAUAAAUCAGUGAUUAGCAAAGCUAUCAGUUAUAAAUUGCUACUGAUGCAAUGUGGUAUUUCAGUCGUGUAAAUGGACUUUAUCUUACUGCUUUUACUGGUGCAGUAUUCUAUUUGUUUCAAUCAUUUUAGGGUGCUUUACUCUCUAACUUUUUCAUUGGAGACUUGUAAUGCAAUACUUCACAUGUUUGAUAAAUGAUACUCAGAAUGGAAGUAAAACUGACCAUUCGCAUCCCUAAUGUAUAUUCAAUUUGCCACGCACCUGAUUAAACUGAAAAACCAAGCAGGAGUCAAUUAAAGCAUUUAAAAAUUAUUUUAAUAUACAAAACAUGUAAUUGCAAUGCAAUAUAAUUAAAAUGUUUAAGUAAACUAAAUCUUUUUUUAAAAAACUGCCAAUUGAUAAAGGUUACCUUGAUCCCUCACAACCAUUCUUCUCCAUUACAUCAAUAAAACUAUCAUUCCUACGGCAGAUGUAGUUAUUCAGAUGGAGUCCACAGAGUAGAUAAUGUAUCUGCAUACUCCACUCCUGGGCUCCAUAAAGAACCUCAUUACAACAGUACAGCCUAACAGAUGGCACCAAGUUUCCAAACUUACAGCAAUUUAUAGAGAGUAUUUUUCUGCAAACUCCAGAUUUUUAUUGACCUUAUUAAAUAAAGCAGAUCUUUACAAGUGUAAUUCAGGAGGAAAUGAUGGUCUCAUUAUAUAAAUUACUCUGCCCAAUUUCUCCAAAAGAUGUUCUCCCCAUACACUAUUCCCAAAAAUUCAAUACUCUACACAAAGUAGACUCAUCUUGAUUGUUUAUGGAGAAUUUUUGGCCGUUAAGGGUCUUGAUUUUUUUUUCUUCUGUCUGCUAUCAAUGUCUCCCCUGGCAGUGGACCGGGGUCGACUGAUAUGGAAGUUGAUCUACCAUCUGUCACAGAAGAAACCGAGGACCUUCGGUGGAGGGACCUGUUGGUUUGUGCGGCCGCUCGCCAGCUUGAAGCCUGUUCGGGAGAUCUUUUUGGAGUGGGCGAGGUAAGGUCGCUGGCUGGGCUUCUGGCGACAGGUGAAAUAUCACUUGCAGAGGCUUACCAGCAUGCGCAAUGACACUUUCCUGCGUGUUGGAGACCAACGACUCUUCAUCCAGUUUGUCAUCAGAAGACGGGGAGUGCAGGGAAGAAGGCUCAGUGCGCACAUAUCCAAUCGUUAUAUCACUCCCGGCGGAAAGAUGUGGCCCAGACGGUCAACUCGGGCCCCUGAAAAUCUGCUCACCUCCAAGAGCAAGCACUUCCACCAGGGACCUUUGACUUUUGGUCGGGGAUCCUCUCAGCUGAGGGAGUCCCCGACCCUCAGCCAGUUCGGGAGGUCUGUCCCGAGAAUUGGGACCUGCUAUGUCCCAUUGAACCAUCUGAGAUAUCCCCGGUUAUCCGGGGAAUGUCAGGGGCGGCAGCGGGUCCUGACAGGAUUGGCGUUCAACAACUUUGCCAGACCAACCCCUCAUUCUGGGCGGCUUAUUACAACCUUCUAUUGGUCAUAGGGGAACUUCCCUCACCCUUAAACAUUCAAGAAUAACCUUGGUACUGAAGCAUACUGAUGACUUGUCCUCACUGUCAAAUUAUCGCCCAAUUAACAUCUCGUCUGUUGUCAUCAGGGCGUUUCAUCGCAUCUGUCUUACUCUCUUCUCUCUUUCCCUCCAUCUGAUCAGAGUAAAUUCUGAGAUACUCUAGGUGCAGUGUCUGAGAUACUGUAGGUACGGUGUGAGGGGCCAAGUGUUGAAGUGGCCAGUGUUUCUCUGCUGCUGUGGAAUAAUAUACAAGGAUUUAAAGGAGAGAACUGUUGAACCUGUAUUCUGUUAAUGUGCUGUACAGGGCAUUACAAUAGUGCCUUUUAAAAAUAAUAUCGCAUUUCUAUGGCUGCUAGUUACUGGAGUAGACUUUUGAAGUUCUCUCAAGUAUGUUAAUUGAAUGCCACCUAGUGGUAAAUUGAGCUUCUCCAAAAGUUGUUACCCCUACUUCAAGUUAUAUAGAUAGCUAAGUAGAAAUAGGGAGACUCGUUAGGAGCUCAGAAGAAAUGCUACAUUAUUCAAUGUGCCACUUUCAGGUCUGAUGCUAGUUUAAGAAUUUGUCAGACUUGUAUCUCAAUGAAGUUCAUUUGGAAAAGAGCCAGACAGUUCCCUGCGCACUCCCAAUUAAUAAUUAUCCCUCAGUCAACAGAUUAUCUGUUCAUUAUCAGUUUGUUUCACAGUAUUGCAGGGCACAGAUUGGCUGAUAUAUUCUCUUGCAUUAUAAGUCUUGCUAUGCUUCAAAUAAAACUUCUCUGGCUGCAAGGAGGUUUGAGGCAUCCUAAAGCUUUCAAAGAUGUGGCAUAUAUGCAUAUCUUUCUUUCCAUCUUAAUUUUACAAAUUGUUGUUUUUUUUGGGUGUGAAGUGGCUCUUAUUACUAGCUCAGGGAAUUCGGAAUGAACAGCUUUACAAGAGAAACAUUUUAUAGUCUGUUACAAAAAGGAGGAAAAACUAAAUAUGCUUGUUUUCUCAUUUCUGAUGAAGGGUCUUAGAAACACUAACUCUAUUUUCUUUCACUGAGGCUGCGUGUUUCCAGCAUUUUCUGCUUUCGUUUCAGAUUUCCAGUUCCUGCUGUCGUUUGAUUCUUGUAAAGCUGUGUUUGUUGACAGCUUGUAAUACAUCUCCAGAAAUGAGCAGUUUAGGUUUGCAUGCUUUUCUACAGCAACAGUAUAAAAACAGAAAAAUGGUGGAAAUACUUAGCAGGUCAGGCAGCAUCUGUGGAGAGAGAAUGAGUUAACAGUGCACCAUUUGGCAGAACUGAACACCUCCGCUCAUAAAGUGUCUCAGAACAUAAGACGCCGAAGGGAUGGAAAAGGGAAUGAGUCAUUAGUGCAGUGGCUGGACAGGGAUGGAGCAGAGAUAUUUAACUGCAUUAUUUAAUUAGAAGGAUUUAAAAUCCUGAAACAUAUUUUAAACUGGAGUUAAAACUGAAUUUUGAUGAUAUUUUUGUCGAAGAAGCAUCAUGAAAACUAAUUAGUUGGAAACUGAGGUUACACCAGCAGGGGGCAUCUACUUCAAAACUAUGAACAUUUUAAAUUGAAAUUUUCACACAAAGCAGAAGAAUAUGGCGGCUAGUUGUAAUUCAAGAAUAUACUUUCAAGUUAAAAAUAGAUUUAAACUGGAACAGAAUUAAAAAGGGCAUAAAUUUUUAUUGCUCAUGUGCUGAAAGUCAUAUCUAUACUCUUGACAAAUGGCACAUCAGUUCCACAGGAUAAAAAGGCUUCAUGCUGACCUGAAUCGUGGAGCAUAUUUUAAUAAACAAUAUAACUUCUGCAUUGAUAGCCUUGCAGCUCUUCAAAAUUAUGGUUUAAUUUGCCCUUCCAUGCUGUGACUAUUUCUUUAAGGCGUCACUAUAAAUAAAGCACCUUCUGUAAUUCUUCCUUAAGGUUACAUAUUUUUAAAGCUGGACCAUUUCCAGUUCCAUUCUGUAACAAGCCACCAGGGGACAGAUCCUCAUCACAUUGGCCAUUCCUCAACUGUCAAUGUGACGCUGUUUUCCCUAAACAUUAUGAGUAAGUGAAGAUGUCCAUGUCCCUCACAUUUAUGGCCAGCAUUGGUAAUGGGUUCAAUACUGAGUGCUGCAUAGUACUCUGUGUUAAUUGGUGCCACCCAACCAAUGAAUGUACAGGUUAGUAGGUUAAUUGGACAUUGUGAGUAGUCCUGUGAUUGGGCUAGGCGUGCUGGGCAGCACAGCUCAAAGGGCCAGAAGAGCCUAUUCCGCACUGUAUAAUAGAUGGACAGACUGACCCGGAGGCAUGUCAUGGAAAAUGUACCUGAUUUUUUUUUAACCUUCAAUUUCCCUCUUAUUUGUUAAAAUGCAUGUUCAAACCGCCAAAAUUGAUAAUACAGAUUGGAUUAGAUCACUGAACACACUGAUUUAUUCAAUGAGAUUAUAGCUGAUCUAUAUCCCAACUGCUUAUCUACAACAACCUUGUUUCCUCGACAGUUCGCAAAUAGUUAAUGAUUUCACAAGGUGAGCUGACACUGAAUUUUGUGGGAGAACAUGCUAUCUGUGUGAAGGACACAAUCCUAAUACCCUUCUGCCUCUGAUUCUUGUUCAGUCCCUUUUGCUGGACUCCGCAUUGCUUUUUCAAAAAAUGUAAAAUCUCUGUAUCUCCACAAUCCAUUCUAAAUCCUAAAGGCCUUAAUCAAAUUGCCUAUAAUUCUCCCAUUUUCCCGGAAUAGAAUCUUCUCGUAUUACUUAACCCUAAGAGCCCUGGCUGCCUUCCAAUGAAAAUGCAUUCCUUCCAAAGCUCAUUUAUCCUUUCUAAUGUGCACUUGGUUUCACCCAAAUAUUAUUUCUAUAACUGUGAUAAAAUUUCCUCUAUUUUAGUGGAGAUAUUAAUCUUAACAUUUAACCAAGAAAGGUUGAUAAUGUUGAAAUCGUCCAGAAUAUUAAUCUAAAAUUGGCAUUUAAAAUUCUGCAUUGUCAUAGAGCGUCAUUUCCAGUUUGCAGAUUCUGUUAAUUAUUUGUCUCCACCUGUCUUAUACACAAAGGAUAAACCAAAUAAUUCAGCUUUAAUCAGUUGGAACUCAGAUAUUUUCCUAUUGCAACACACCCAUUGGCACCUGAAUGUUGAUAAUUCAAGAGGAAACAUUAAAAAUCAGUGUUGCCUCAGAGCACAAUGCUGUCUGCCACGCGUGACUCUCACCCCCUUUCAGAUUCUAGUGCAGCUUCUUAUCAAAACCAACAAUGUAAAGACCCGCUAUAAAUAUUUUCAAUGCCUGACCAUAUUUUUAAUGAGCUUACGAAUAGAUUGCAUGGAGAAUUUCCAACCUAAUUAUUCCAUGAGAAAUGCAGUGUAAUCAAAAUUAAAAGACAAUAUAUCUUUUCAUUUUGUUUUAUACUAUUAAUGCUGGUUGUGCUUGCUGCCUCACGUUCAAUUCAUUGUCCUUUAUACCCUUGUAGGUGACAAGAUUCUGGUUGAUUAUAACAGACUAUUUAUUUUUUACUACACAUGGUAAAAAGGAUGAAUGCUAAAAAAAUUAAAUUACAUCAAAUUGAUGUAAUCAGAAAAUUGGCUUUGAAAGGGAAACAGCAAAUCUUAAUUGCAGCUGGGAUCCAAUCAUGUAUGGCUUUUUGGUGGGAACUUAAUCAAAUUCAAGUUUCAAGUAGGAUACUGAUUAAGGUGUUGCUUAGACAGUGAUGCUCUAACUGAAGUGCAAUCAGUUUGUCCUCUUUUUUUAGUUGCUGAUGAUAUCAUGUAUUUUCAGAAUGGCUUUUAUUUUACAGUUUUAUUAUAAGCAUUAUUGAAAUUUACUUAAGUUUUAUGGGAUUGAAUUGAUUGUGGAUAUUAGUUAUACUGUACAUUAUACUGGUUGCAGAAUAUAUUUUGGAAUAUGUGAAUUAUGAAUAAUCUGAAUUGCAGGAUCAUGUAUGUAUUUGACUUUGGUUUGGUUUCCAAGUUGUGUAACAUGUAUUACCCUCUCUCGAUUACUAAAAUAGAAAAUACUCCAAACUGUUGGUUUUGUCAUUUCCGAUGGAGAUUUCAGAAGUGAAGUUUAUCAAAGUAGGAUGAUCUGUGAGCCUCCUGAUUUUAUUAUGGGACCUCCACCAAGUGCCUCCUCCUUUUGCCAAAGCCCUGGUGGGUAUAAACUCAAAGUCUGGCAUAUCAUGUUGUGUGGUAUCUCAGCUCCUUUGAGGGGUGAAUUAUUAAAAUGAGCAUCACAAUUGUAUCACCACAUUCAAUUCCAUCAUUCACUAAAAGACAAAUGAGAAAGGAUGAACUUCCCACUGAGAAAGGAUGAAUAAAACUACCAGAAUCUCUCUGACCUCAUCUCUGCUGACCGAACGUGAAAAUUAGAGACUUGUGGGGUAAUGUAAUUGGUGGAAACGUACAUAAUUCACUGCCACUGACAUUGAGUGGGGGUUCACUUUAAGGGGCCCGUCUGAUGUGACGACAUAACUACGUAAAGUACUUCUACCGCGCUUUGUGUUCAGUGUUUGGACUACAAUAAAUGAGUUGCUAUGGU